AUGGGUUCUGAAUUUCCCUCCAUUAAUCCGGCGCAGCUUCUGCUGCACCAGUCUCUGGCACCCAUCGUCACUAUGACAGCUUUACGCUCUAUUAUCGAGCUUCGCUUGUAUGAUCUCGUCCCGGAAACCGGCACUAUACCCAUUACCCAACUCGCAAAGGCAAGCGGAGCAACCGAAGACUUGCUCAUUCGUCUCCUGCGCCCGCUCCUGGCAUCCAACAUCUUCGCAUCUCCUAACCUUGGAGAGUAUGCACACACCCCUGUGUCCGUUGGCUUUAAACAGCCAGCCAUUCGCGCCGCGUUCUUACAUGGCUUUGACGAGACGCUUCCCUGCUUCUUGGUACAACACCAAUGGCUGGCUCAAAACGGGUGGAAGUCUCCCGAGUCAAGCGACAACUGUCCCUUCUCCAUGGCGCAUGGGGGUGAUUCAUUGUUUGGCUACCUGGCCAAGCACCCUGAGAAGGCCGAGGUAUUCGACCGAGACCAAGAGAUGGAAUUCAUUGGAAUAGUGGGAGUCUUUCCCUUCGAUCAGGAGGUCAAAUGGUCAAGUGCCGACGAUGUCUUGGUCGAUGUCGGAGGCGGCAAGGGCCAGGCAUCUCGGGCGUUGGCCAAGGCGCAUCCGGAGUUGCAUGGCAGAAUCAUCUUACAAGAUCAGGCACUUGUCUUGAGCAGCGUGGAGCAGGAUAUCCACGCCGUGGUGAAGAAGACGAUGCCUUACAACUUCUUCGAUCCUCAGCCAGUAAAAGGGGCCGCGUUCUACUACCUACGUCGCAUUAUGUGCGAUUGGCCCGAUGCCGCUUGCAAACUCAUCUUGAAAAAUCAAGCCGCGGCCAUGGACUCUCACUCUCGUUUGCUAAUAGCGACCUUUGUCGUUCCGGAAGUAGGAUGCGAUUUCUUGACGGCUGCCUCGGACGCUGUCAUGAUGACCUACGCAGGUAAAGAGCGGACAGAGGCCCAGUUUCGACACCUGUUGGAGAGCGCAGGACUUUCUCUCAAACGGGUCUGGCAGAAGCCGGGGGAGUUGCAAGCAGUGUUAGAGGCUCGACUCCAGUAA